CUCCCCCCAAACGCCUACAUGGCGUAUAGUGGGACAAACUUUUACUUUUGUUAUGGUUGUACGACAAGUUCGUGUUUCAGUGAUUGUGUAAUCUGCUUUAUUAAGUGAGUGUGAUAGGUUGUUACAAAUAUUUAAAAUUUAUGCUGGGCUCAAUUUGAACUAGUGAAUUUUCUGCUGCAUCAACAAGGAAUACCAUGUCUACAACAGCAGGAGAUGAAGACUCAAGUGUUCGAGUGGCUGUCAGGAUCAGACCGCAGAUAGCACGAGAACUGAUCGACGUGUGUCGGAUUUGAACCAGUGUUACGCCAGGCGAGCACCAGGUGACUCUGGGCUCGGACAAGGUCUUCACAUACGAUUAUGUCUUUGACACAAAUGCCUAUCAAGAGGAUGUGUACACAACCUGUGUAGAAACUCUUGUGAAUGGAUCUCUUGAAGAUUACAAUGCAACUGUUUUGGCGUAUGGACAGACAGGAUCUGAAAAAACGUAUACUCUGGGCACUGGAUUUGAUGUGGAAGUUCAGUCGGAGCAGGUUGGAAUCGUCCCACGGGCGAUACGUCACCUCUUCCAUGGAAUUCAGGACCGUGCAAACCAGGCUCAGGAAUCUGGUCAGCCGGCGCCAGAAUUCAAAAUAGUCGCACAGUUUAUGGAACUCUAUAUUGAUCCUUCAAGGGGACAAUAUGCGGAGAACGGUGGAAUUAAAAUCCACGAAGAUGCUUCGGGAGGCAUUUAUGUAAUGGGAGUAACUAUGAAGCCCAUCAUGUCGGCUGAGGAUGCUCUUCAGUGCUUGCGCAUGGGAGCACUCUCGAGGACAACGGCCAGCACCCAGAUGAAUUCUCAGUCUUCACGCUCACAUGCAAUAUUCACACUUCACAUUAAACAACAACGGAUGGUGAAAGUGGAAAAUGUAGAUAAUUGGGAGUGUGUGGUAGCAACUGAUCCAUCUAGUGAGUUUGAAACCCUUACAGCCAAAUUCCAUUUUGUUGACCUAGCAGGGUCAGAACCCCUGAAGAGGACUGGAGCUACUGGUGAACGUGCAAAAUAUGAUAUCUCAAUAAACUGUGGUCUCUUGGCUUUGGGAAAUGUGAUAUCAGCUCUCGGUGACAAGUCAAUAAAGGCACUUCAUGUGCCGUACAGAGAUUCAAAGCUUACAAGGUUGCUUCAGGACUCACUUGGAGGUAACAGCCGAACAAUAAUGAUAGCAUGUGUGUCAUCCAGUGAUCCUGACUUCAUGGAAACACUGAAUACUCUCAAAUAUGCUAACAGGGCACGAAAUAUCAAGAACAGGGUUACCAUAAAUCAUGAUAAAUCAUCUCGGACCAUCGUUCUCUUACGACAAGAGAUAACAGCAGUUCAGCUGGAACUGCUGGAAUACAACCGGGGCAAAAGUGUGCUCGGCGAAGAUGACGUUGAGACUGUAAAUGACAUGUUUCACGAAAAUACUAUGCUGCAGACAGAAAAUAACAAUCUGCGAACUACAGUAAACGCCAUGUAAGAAACAAUGGAUGUGCUCAGCAGUAAGAACACCCACCUUCUGGCUGAAAGGGCUGUUGGUGGCUGGAUACAAGCAGGUAGUGACUCAGAUGUAACAGAGAUGAUAGAAGGCUACUUGAAAGAGAUUGAAGAGCUUCGUGCCAAACUCCUAGAUUCAUAAGCCAUGUGUCAGCAGCUGGAGAUGGUGUCUUCGUGUCUUCCUGCACGAGUCCCACUUAGUCCUCAUGUGGCCAUGACAGGCGGCAGAGCCACACGAGAGCCCGAUUCUUCACCCCGACUAAAAGAACCCUGUCGAGAUACCUCAUCUUCCACCGAAAUGCGUCCGUGUUUCACGAAGUCCUAUGCUUGCCCUGUUUAACAAAGACUGACACGCGCUCACGUAACUCACGAAUGCCCCAUUCGUUACACUGCUGCACCAAAACAGGUCGCGACCAGUGGUAGAUCUCCGAGGCAGUACAACGUCUGAAGUA